AUGAAUGAAACCGCACGUGCACCUUCACGCACGCUGACGUACAGACGAUGUCCACGAGCAGCGGGACGUGUCCAAACCGGCCCCGUGUGUCCCGGCCCCGCGCCCCCGCCCCCCGCGCCCCCCCAGCACGAGGGCGCGCACCGGGCCGACGGGAGCGCGCACGUCGCCAACAACGACACCAGAAGUUUCGCCGAGAGCAGAACCGGGGAGGACGGAAACCGGGCCUACGGAACCUUUAAGAGCCCCGCCCCCGCCCCGCCGGCCCCGGAGCAGAACAACUGGACCAACCCGGGCCAGAACCCGGGCCAGAACCCGGGCCAGACCAUGAGUCAGACCACCAUCAUCCUGGGCUCGGACGGGAGCGCGAGUGUCCAGCCCGGACCCGCCGCCACGGUAGAGGACGAGGAGGACGAGGGUGGAGACGAGAACAAAGCUCGGGGAAACUGGUCCAAUAAGCUGGACUUCAUCCUGUCGAUGGUGGGCUACGCCGUGGGGCUCGGGAACGUGUGGCGCUUCCCGUACCUCGCCUUCCAGAACGGCGGAGGGGCCUUCCUCAUCCCGUACCUGACCAUGUUGGGAAUCGCCGGGAUCCCGAUCUUCCUGCUGGAGGUUUCUCUGGGACAGUUCGCGAGUCAGGGGCCCGUCUCCGUGUGGAAGUGCAUCCCGGCGCUGCAAGGUUGCGGGAUUGCCAUGUUGAUUAUAUCUGUCUUGAUUGCCAUUUACUAUAACAUUAUAAUGUGCUGGACUCUGUACUACCUGUUCGCUUCGUUGAAGGGGACUCUGCCGUGGGCCACGUGCCGGAACGACUGGAACACGCUCGAGUGCAAAGACAAAGACAUGCUCGCGCUGGGUCGUGUACUUUAUGUUGUUCCGUGUGUACUUCAGGUCGUGUACUUUAUGUUGUGUCCCGUGUGUGUACUUCAGGUCGUGUACUUUAUAUUGUCGUGUUUGUGUACUUCAGGUCGUGUCGUGUACUUCACGGCCACCUUUCCGUACGUGGUCCUGAUCAUCCUCCUGAUCCGAGGCGUCACUUUACCCGGAGCGGCCGACGGGAUCCUGUACUUCAUCACCCCGAAGUGGGAGAAACUCAACGACGCAAAGGUUUGGAAAGACGCAGCCACUCAGAUUUUCUUCUCUCUGUCGGCGGCUUGGGGCGGACUCAUCACCCUGUCCUCCUACAACAAGUUCCACAACAACUGCUACAGAGACACGAUCAUCGUGACGUGCACCAACAGCGCCACCAGUAUCUUCGCCGGCUUCGUCAUCUUCAGCGUCAUCGGCUUCAUGGCCCACGAGCUCAAAGUGCCAAUCGAACAGGUGGCAGACGAAGGACCUGGCAUCGCCUUCGUGGUUUAUCCAGAGGCUCUGACCCGACUCCCGCUGUCGCCAUUUUGGGCCAUUAUCUUCUUCCUCAUGCUCCUCACCCUCGGACUGGACACAAUGUUCGCCACCAUCGAGACGAUCGUGACGUCAGUUUCGGACGAGUUUCCCAAAUAUCUGAGGAAACACAAACCUCUGUUCACUCUGGUCUGCUGCGUCUGCUUCUUCAUCCUCGGAUUCCCCAUGAUCACCGAGGUCACUGGGAGUAAAACAUGCUUGCAGUUGGUGGACACGUUUGCGGCGUCGUAUUCUCUCGUCAUCAUCGCCAUCUUCGAGCUCGUGGGAAUCUCGUAUCUUUACGGUCUGCAGAGGUUCUGUGAGGACAUCGAGAUGAUGGUCGGAUUUCAGCCAAACCGUUUCUGGAGACUCUGCUGGGCCUUCGUCACCCCGACCAUCCUCACGGGCAUCCUGUUCCUGAGCCUGUACCAGUGGAAGGUGAUGACGUACGAGGACUACACGUAUCCCACCUGGUCCAUGGUCCUGGGCUGGCUCAUGGUCAUCUGCUCCGUCAUCUGGAUCCCCAUCAUGUUCGUCAUCAAGAUGCACCUGGCGCCCGGAUCCUUCAUCGAGCGUCUGAAGUUGGUGUGUGCUCCUCAGCCCGACUGGGGUCCGUUCCUCAUGAAACACCGCGGAGAACGUUACAAGAACAUGAUCGAUCCUCUGGGAACAAACUCGCUCGGCCUCAAACUCCCGCCCAAAGACUUCCAGCUCGGCUCCUACCAGUAGCACCGCCCAACC